AUGUCUCUAUCCUCGUCUCACACCCGCAGCGCGUUAAUCGGGGCAUGCGUCCUUUCCCUGGUAGUGCUCUGCCUGCUAUACAAUUACGACAACGACGCUUCAUCACCUCUACACUUUUCAGAGCGCCCUUCAGAGCGCCCUUCAGAUGUAAAUGACUCGGAUCUUCUCAACCAUGUCUUCAACCGAACACUUGGUAAGAUACUCGUCAUCAAUCUGCCAUCGCGCACAGACUAUCGGGACUCUAUGGCAUUAGCUGCUGCCUUGUCAGAUUUAGAGGUCGAGUUCAUAGAUGGCGUUACAAGCGUCGAGGAGAAAACGCUGCCUCCUGGUGCCAAGGAGGUGAAUCUCAACCCGGGAAGUUUAUACGCCUGGCGUGCUCACAUGAAUGCCGCCAGAAUGAUCGUCGAGCAAAACCUCAGUUCAGCACUCGUCCUUGAAGGUGACGUUGACUGGGACAUUAGAAUCAAGCAGCAGAUGCGAGACUUCGCCAGAGCGUCUCGACUGCUUGUUCAGCCUCUCCCCGGCACAACCGACAGCUUUCUCGAUCCCAGCUACCCAGAGCCUCAACUCGGACAGUCGCCACAGAACUUCGAAGUCGACAAGGAGACGACAUCCGAGCCGACCACUUCCCCCUACGGCGAUGUAGACCGAUGGGAUAUGCUGUGGCUGGGGCACUGCGGCACGCGCUUUCCGAAGCUCAGCGACAAAAAUGCACCGCUCGGACGCGUCGUUAUCCCAAAUGACGAGACCGUACCUGAGAAGCAGCACAUACAAAUGCAGUUCGGCAACGAUGAGCUGGUUUAG